AUGCAAGAGAAGCCCACCACCGUAGCCGCCUACGCGGCCGGGGCGUCCCUCGCGGCCGUGGCCUUGUUCUACGUCUUCGGUCCCAACUACACAAUCGACGGCGACGAGUCGAACGACAGCAACCGGAAAAAAAGCAUCGUCGGCCUAUCCAACCUGGCCAAUGACUGCUUCAUCAAUUCCGUCCUCCAGGCACUAGCCGGCCUAGGCGAUCUGCGAGUCUACCUGAUCCACGAACUGCACCGACGCCAACUCGACGGACCAGACACAUACCAAACAGUAGCCAGCGACGAUGAAUUGUCAGCCGGGCAGACGGACAAAUUGCGAGAAUUGCAACAGGGGAUUACAACAAGGGCAUUGAAGGAAAUGCUAGACCGAUUGAACGAGCGACCCAUCUACAAAAAGACCAUUUCUGCACGCGACUUCAUCCAGGCCCUGGAGUACGCGUUCCGCACUCGAAUCAGUCGCAAUCAGCAGGAUGCGCAGGAAUUUCUGCAGAUUGUGCUGGAGAGAUUGUGUGAUGAGUAUCAUGCUGGAGUGCGGGCGCGGAAACGGGCCUUGGGUAGCGCUGUGAGUGCAGAGGGCAGUUCGCAGGAGAGCUCGUCUGAAGUUGAGGUUCGGAUUGAUGAUGGUAGUGUGCAUGGAUUGCCUGCUAUUAUUGAUACGAAAUUGAAGGAAAUUGACCAGGAAUCUGGGUUUCCUUUUGAAGGCAAAAUGGAAUCCCAGAUCGAGUGUCAGUUCUGUCAUUAUCAGUAUAAACCCAAUCAGACGGCAUUCGUCAAUUUGACACUGCAGGUGCCGCAGAAGAGUUCGACCACUUUGGGCUCGUGUUUUGACGGGCUGUUGAAAACGGAAUAUAUUGAAGACUUCCGCUGUGAUCGGUGCAGUCUGCAGCAUGCCGUGGAUGUCAAGAGCAAGGAGCUUGCCCGUGUUCGAUCCCAAGGCGAUCGUGAUCGCCUGGAGAAAGAACUGGCUCGUCUCCGGGAAGCCAUCGAGACCGAUCCAGAGGCAGAACUAGAAGGCAUCACCUUCCCACCCUCCGAGAGUGUCCCCAAGCGCCGAAUCGCCCGCCACAUGCGGAUAACAGCCUUCCCCAAGGUCAUCGCAAUCCACUUAUCACGAUCGAUCUUCGACCGCAGCAGUUCCAGCAAGAACGCCGCCAAAGUCUCCUUCCCAGAGCGCCUCCCACUAGGUGGCCUCCUCACUCAAAAGUGGUAUAAACUCCUUGCCAUCGUCUGCCACAAAGGCAGCCACCACAGCGGCCACUACGAAUCCUUCCGCCGCAACCACAUCUACCCUCCCUUCUCCACCCCCGGCGCCUUCAGCUCCUACGCCCAAAGCCGCACCGCCAGCCAAAGUCCCUCCACCGCACCCAGCCCACGCAUCAUCCCCCGCAGCAGUCCAGACCCCGACACCCUCUCCCCUGCAACCUCGUCCACCUCUCUCUCCGGCUCCGUGCCCCAACUCACACCCGUUCGCCCUACGACUGCUGGCUCCCGCCAUUCUGUCAGUACCAAGACUUCUUCGCCGUCCGAGACCCCCAGUGCCCCGCGCGGGUCCCGCAGUAUACCCCGCCCUGAUGUGCCAGGGGUCAGUUCGCGGCUGCGUCGCCGUCGCAAGCCGAUUGAUCGGUGGUGGCGCAUUUCGGACGAAAAGAUCAAGGAAUGCAAGACCUCGGACGUCCUGGGGAUGCAGCGUGAGGUGUAUCUCUUGUUCUACGAGUUGGAGAAGGUGGAGUGA